AUGGAUACAGAAGCGAAAGAAGAGGAAGGUGGAUCACAAAUACCACCAUCAAAACGUUUCAGACGUGAUGAUAAUGUUGACCCGACUAAUCCAGAUCCAUCAAUAGUUGUUCAUGUCCGGAAUUUAAGUCCGAAAGCUACUGAAGCUGAUUUAUUGGAAGCAUUAUCGCAUUUUGGUCCUAUAUCAUAUGCUACUUGCAUGCCAGGAAAACGAAUGGCAUUAGUGGAAUUUGAGGAAGUUGAAGGUGCACGUUCAUGUGUCGUUUAUGCACAGACGAAUCAAAUUUAUGUUGCCGGGCAAGCGGCUUUAUUCAAUUAUUCUACAUCUAAAAUGAUUCAACGACUGGGACUUGAAUCGGAGACACCGAAUCAUGUGCUUAUAUUGACCAUUUACAAUGCUCAGUAUCCUAUUAACGUUGAUGUCAUUCAUCAGAUAUGUGAACUGCAUGGUUUUGUGAGACGUAUUGCUAUGAUACGUCGAACAAUGUUGCAAGCAUUGGUUGAAUUUGAAAGUGCGGAAAUAGCGAAAAAGGCGAAGCAUGCAAUGAAUGGCGCUGAUAUAUACUCUGGAUGCUGUACUCUUAAAGUCGAAUUUGCUAAGCCAGAACAUGUGAAAGUGACUCGGAAUGACAGUGAUCAGUGGGAUUACACGAAGGCGCCACAAUCAGAGUACACGGAGGAACCUCGGAAGACGUUACUGAAUGAUGCGGGACCACGUGGAGGACCACCUGGACCGCGUGGACCUCCAAGUUACGGAGGAUAUAGUGGACGAGGUCGCGGUGGUCCACCUGGUGAUUAUAGUUAUCAUGAGGAUCGUUAUGGUGGCAGCUAUGGUAGAGGUCGUGGCAACUAUGAUGAAUACGAUGCAGGAUAUGGAAGAACCGAAGGAUAUGGAAGAGGGGAUGGUUAUUCUCGUGGUGAUGGAUAUUACAGUAGAGGAGGAGGACGAGGUGGAUUUGGUCGUGGUGAUGGUGGUUAUGGCCGUGGAGGAUAUGCACGUGGAAGAGGAAGUGCUGGUCUCUACGAAGAUGAACGUGAUUUUUACAAUGGCGAUGGUCCUGUGAUGAUGAUUUAUGGUAUUGAUCAGGAUAAUUUUAACUGCGACAAAUUAUUUAAUCUGUUGUGUCUUUAUGGUAACUGCAAUAAGAUAAAAUUUAUGAAGUCGAAAACUGAUACGGCUAUGGCCCAAUUAGGUAGCGUACGUCAAGUCUACACAACAAUCGACAAUUUGCAUGGUACCAUGAUUUUUGGCAAUAAACUUGCCCUCAGACCAUCGAAACAGCAAAUUUUGCACGAAAUACGUGAUCCGUUUAUAUUGCCGGAUGGAACGCCUUCAUACAGAGAUUACACAAAUAGUCGCAAUCAGCGUUAUACGACGCCCGAAUUAGCGGCACGAAAUCGAAUUGUGAAACCAACGCAUGUGUUACAUUGGUACAAUGCUCCCGUGACAAUGACAGAAGAGAAGCUUAAAGAGCUAUUUGUCGACAAGGGAGCUGUAGCACCUGACAAAGUGGUCAUUUUUCCACAACGUUCGGAACGUAGUUCAGCUGGAAUCUGCGAAUUUUCUAACACGGAACGCGCAACGGAAGCGCUCAUGUUGGCGAACCAUACACCAGUUGAAAGCCCUGUUGGUAAAGCACCGUAUAUCGUGAAGUUGGCAUUUGCUGGUGGUCGCGAUGGGAAAGAUUUCCGAAUGUAA